AUGGCGGACUCCCAAGAGGCCGGGAGCGCCUUUGUCUCCUCGGCAGAGGCACUGACCACCAUGGUUAAGGCCCAUAGGAUACGGCCUGAGUAUACCAAGUCACUGCCAACCUUUUAUCGCAAUCUAGAGGAGGGCCUCGACAUCAAGCGCGCAUCGGAGAGCUUCUACUCGACGCUGCCGGGCACAGGCCCCAGCGCUGGCUCGGUGGACUUCUGCUCCGGGGAUGUCAUGGGCAUGGGACGAAGCUCUGAGCAUCGUGCCGAGUUCCUUGCCGAGCUCGAAAGGCAUCCCGAGUUCGCCCUGGGCACCACCAGCUCCAGACUCAUGGACGGCAACUAUCCGUACAUAGUGGAAGCCGAGUCAGAGAUUGCCGCCUUCCACGGCUACGAGGCUGGCCUCAUCGUAGGCUCUGGUUUUGAGGCCAACUUGGCCAUCUGGGGGACAAUCCCGAAGCAGGGAGAUGUCAUUGUGUACGAUUCUCUGGUCCAUGCGAGUACUCACGACGGCAUGAGACAGGCGCUAGCGACGGACAGAGUCGCGUUCCCCCAUAGCGAUGUCGAUGCCUUCCGAGACACGCUGCGGGACAUCCUUGCUACGCGGCCUCUAGUGCGGCAGGGGAAGCGGACCGUUCUCGUCGCAGUCGAGUCGAUCUACAGCAUGGACGGUGAUCUCUGCCCUUUGCAAGAACUCGUCGAGGCCGCCAGGGAGGUCUUCCAGGAUAAUGAAGGCGGUGUCCAGUUCGUCGUCGACGAGGCGCACAGCAUUGGGUUCAUAGGUCCCGACGGCAAGGGCCUUGUUUGUGAGCUCGGGUUGGAGGAGGACAUUGCGGUGGUUAUGCAUUCCUUUGGCAAGGCGAUCGGAGCCGCUGGAGCAAUCAUUCUCGGAAACAAGAGCAUUCGAGAUACAGUUAUAAACUUUUCACGGGCAGUCAUGUUCUCUACAGCACCCACCUUCACCUUCAUCGCUGCCAUCAGGUCAGGAUAUAAGGUGCUCGGCACCAAGGAUAAGGAUCGACAACACAUCCAGGACAUGUCUAGGCUGUUCUUCGAGCUUGUGACCUCCCAUCGACUCUGGCCGACGGCCAUGACCAAGGGUAUACUGCGGAUCCCUCUCGCUGACGGCUGGGAAGACCGGAUGGUUCACACCCAUCUGCUCGCCAUCUCCACCAGGCCGAAGUCGUUCUGGUGGAUGUACUGCCACCUUCUCUCGGCUUCCUACCGCACCUUCCCCGUCACAUACCCGGUGGUACCACCGGGGCAGGGUCGCCUGCGGGUCAUCAUCCACGCCUACAACACGGAGGAGCAGGUCAGAGGGUUUGUAGACGCCAUAUACGUAUGGGUACAAGAAAUGAUGGAAAUAGAGGCGGGGAUGGCAGCCGAACCCGUGACCAAGGCCGCAAAGGAAGUCUACGAUUGGAUGAGAACGCAGCAGUUGAACGGGUUGGGCAUGGUGUGA